GUGCUGGCGUGGCUGGGAGCUGGGGCAGGAGUUCCCCAAGCUCCUGGCCUUGAAGAACGUCAGCGUCCGAACACAGAGGCUGCGGUACCGGCCACCUGCCACCCGAUUCUUCAGCACCAUCUUCCCACAGCCGAUCAUCUUGAGCCCUGGCAUGUCCCUGACUCUGCCCAUUGUCUUCCGCCCCCUGGAAAAGAGGGAAUACAAGGACUGCAUCUGCUUUGAGAAGCCGGAGGGAGAGUUCUCCGUUGCCCUGCAAGCUGCACUGCCCUGCCAUGCCCUAUUCUGCCCAGACACCCUCCAACUGCCCACCUGUGCUGCCUACCACUUCUCUGAGGCCACCUUCCUGCUGCGCAACAUCGGCGAUCUAAUCACUAUCUUUAUCUGGGAGGUGCCCAGCCCCUUCCACCUGGUCCCCACCAGUGGCCUGCUGGAGCCGGGCGCCGUGUGCACGGUGAAGGUGCUUUUCCAGCCCCAGGUGGCCCUGGCCUAUGAUGUGAUGGCAACCUGCCGCUUUGGGGUUGACGAGGAGCAGAACAGGAUGAUCCGGUUGCGAGCUAGUGCCAAAUACCUGCACCUGGUGGUGAAGGUGCUGGGGGAGCCAUGUGAGGACGUGGGGCCUGGAGGCACUGGAGACGUGCUGUGCUUUGGCGCUGUGGCUGUCGGCACCACCGUCGAGGCAAAGGUUGAAAUCUGCAACCCAUCCACGGUGAGCGCCCCUUUCAGGAUAGAGCGUGCACAGGAGCCACUGCCCCAGGACAACACCUUCACCUGCCCAAUUAGCAGGGCUGUGGUGCCUGCUAGUGGGAAGCUGCUCCUCCCCGUACGGUUCAGCCCACAGACUGUUGGGGUACAGAGCGUGGACUACUUCAGUGUGGUACCUGCCGGGGGCCUCACACAUGCUGUGCUGAAGGUGAUGGGCUCCUGCAAAGGUCCACUGGUCUGUCUGUCCCAGUCUGCCCUGGGUUUCAACUGGCUCCUCCUCGGGGAACGCUCUGCACAGAGCCUGGAGAUCAGCAAUAUCUCAGAUGUCCCAGCCCACUACCAGUUUGACCUGGACGGCAGGGACAGCGUCUUCUCUGUGGACCACCCCUGUGGAGUCCUGGAGGGCCAGGCCAGCCUCAGCCUGACAGUGACCUUCCGGCCUAGCCAUCCCAUCAUCUACCACCGCCGAGUGGCCUGCCUCGUCCAUCACCAGGACCCACUGUUCCUCGAUCUCUUUGGAACCUGCCACUCGGACACGGCCAAGCCGCCCGUCCUGGGGCCACAGCACCUGGCAUGGUACAGGACCCACGUGGCCAGGGGCCUGACCUUCUAUCCCCCUGACAUCCUGGCUACCAUGCUGCGAGAGGGCAAGCUGCAGGUGGACCACAGCAAGGCACUCCGGCUUCCGCCCCAGGACCCCAUGGACAGCCCCCUGGAGACCUACACACCCGUGGACGCCAUGACCGAGUACCUCCACGAUGGCGUGAGCAGCGACUUGGCCAUGUUCCCUCCUCACGUCAGCAUCAGCAUCCAGGAAUUUGAUUUUGGGUGCUGCCUGCCGCCCCGUGGCGCCCAGCCCCUCCCGCUCUGCGUCACCAACCACACCAAGGGCACAGUCACAGUGGCCUGGACACAGUACCCCAAGCGUCCCUUCCAGGUGGCCCCAACCACAUGCGACAUCCCGCCCCUCAAGUCUACUGCCUUCCGUGUCACCUUCCAGCCUCCACAACCCAAUGCCCUGUACGCUGCUGAACUGGAGGGCUUUGCCAUCUACAAGGUGCUAAGACACUACAGCAACGUGGAGGAGGAUGUUACCCUCUGCCCAUCCUGGUGCUUGACGCUCAGGCUACAGGCCCACACCUUCAAGCCGGGGCAGCAGCACUUCAUCCCUGCGUACAUCCUGGAUGCCUCCCAGACCUUCCCUGUGGUGGAUGUGGGCACCAGUACCUACCGCAGUGCGCUGCUCCAGAACACUGGACCCUCACCUAUCACCUUCACCAUGGACUCAGACUCCUGCCCCUCUGUCACAGUCAAGCCCCGCUCGGGAUACAUAGCCCCUGGAGCCUACCAGAUCUUCCUCUUCUCCACGCAGCCCAUGGAUGCCACCCCCCAGCAGCACAAGCUGGCCUUGCAGCUGAAUGCCUGUCCCCAAUACACUCAGGAGAUCUCCCUAGAGAGUAGCACGGAUCCCCCGCGCCUGCUGCUGGAGGGUGACGGGAGGCUGUACUUCAAGCCCACCUGUGUGGGCGCCUCCUCCACACGCCUCUUCACCAUCAAGAACUGCUCUCGGCUGCCCCUUUACUUUGGGUGGAGGAUCCAGCCAGCUGAUGGCAAGGUCCUGGCAGUCAAACCCAGCACUGGUUUCCUCCAGCCCAAUGAAGCACUGGCUCAGACGUGGACCUUUACCCCUAGGAAGGAGACCAGGUACCUCCUGCACGCCUGGGUGUCGGUGUGGAGAGAGAACGCUGCCCGCACAUCCCCCAAGAGCCCCCGCUACCUCCUGCGGGUCAUCGGCGAGGGUGCCCUGGGUGCCAUCAGGGCUCAGGAGGAGCAGCUGGACUUGGGCAACAUCCUUGUUGGCAACCUGCAGAGCUGCGACCUGGUGCUGCUGAAUGAUGGGAUCUGCUCCCUGAACUACGUGCUCAGCGUGGAGCAGGCAAUCACGGGCCCCUGUGACCCCGAGGAGGUCCUGGAUGACCCACUUGCAUUAGAGCUGGGACACUACGAAGGCAGUAUACCCGCCAGGUCCAAGGCCGUCGUCCAGGUGAUGGCCAGCCCGACCCGCCAGCUGCACUACACCUGGACCAUCAGCUAUGCCAUUGCCACCCCCCAAGCUCCAGAAGCCACCAAGACCGUCUGGGCACAGCAGCCACUGUGCCAUGUGAGUGCCACGGGUGUCUACCCCACCAUUUCCAUCACGGACGUGUGCGCAGCCGGGAGCACCAGCGGCAUCAGCAAGCUGCAUCUCUGGAGGCUCUUCUGCCUGGACACACUGAACCAGUACCUGGCCCGUGAGCCCACCCCUGUGGAGCUUACCUACAGUGUGCCUACGAGGCACAGCGCACACCCCGUGCCCCCCAUGCACACCCCCAUCCUACUGGACUUUGACUUCGGGGCAGCUCCACUGGACUCGGCGCCUUCCACGGUCAUCCUGAUGCUGGAGAACCAGGGCACGGUGCCUGCUGACUGGGCCUUCCUGUUCCCCGCGGACCAGAAGAUUGACAUGGAGCACUGGGCGGAAGAUGUGGAGUUGGGCCCCUGUGAGCUGCACCACAUCAGGGUGCAGGACAACAAGCUCUUUGAUCUCUUUGAUGUGUCUCCGCGGGCAGGACGUCUCCUCCCCGGGCAGGAGCAGCCUGUGCAGCUCACGCACAGGCAUGACUUCCUCGGCACUGAUUGCCUCCCGGUCCUGCUGAAGGUCUCCCAUGGGCGUGAGGUUCUGCUGAACUUCGUUGGCAUGACUGUGCAGUGUGGGCAGCCCUAUCUCCACAUCACCACCACCAGGCAUGUCUUCACGCCCGUCGUCAUUGGCAGCCCCAGCCCCCCCAAGCAGGUUUAUGAGCUCUACAACGGGGGCUCCAUACCCGUGUGCUACGAGAUCCCACCUGAGCCUAUGCAAAGGAUCUGCGAGGAGAACUUCCAGCAUCCCGUGUUCGUCUGCCUGAAUCCCAAGGGGCAGAUCAGCCCUGGCACGAUGGGGCACGUUGAGUGGGUCUUCUCCCCGCUGGAGGCCAGGACGUACUCGGUUGAUGUCUCCAUCCAUGUGGCCGGUGGGGAGUCAGCACUGGUCACCUUCCAGGGCAUCGGCUAUGACCCGCAUAUCAUGGGUGACACUGCCCGGUUUGACACUGUGUCGUCUUCCUCGGUGACCCCAGGCUCCUCCAAAAUCACCCUGCCUGGGCAGGCAGCCUUCUUGUCCCAGUCCAGGAUUUGCCUUGGGAACAUCCCGGUCUACAGCAAGACCAGCCGGCUCUUCUUCCUCAACAACCCCUCCGAGGACCAGGCCCUCAGCUUCACCUGGCACAUUGGCACAGGUCACGACAGUGCGCUGCUGAAGAUCUCACCAGAGAGAGGGAGCGUGCAGCCUGGGGACAGCGUCCCCUGCAUCCUCACACUGCAGGCAUUGGGCACCGCCGCUUUCUAUACUGUGGACCUGGUGUGUGAGGUGAGGUGUGGGAGAGGCCAGGGCUGGCUCGAGCGUGAGCAGGCGUCUCCCUGA